AUGGACAAGGAGCAGGAAGGACAGCAUGAACCAGAGGAAGGAAAACUUGUAGCAGAGGAGCAACUUGAGGCAGAGGAAGCUUUGGCCGGACCAAUGGGUCUAAUGACGCGAUCUCGAACUAAGUUACUCAACCAGGCCAUUGGUUUGAUACUUAGACAUUUGGGCCAGGACAAGAAUGAGGUUAUCCCAACCACUUUAGUCGUGAGAUUUUUCUACAAGUCUCUGUUCAAACCAUUCAACCAUUUAUCUCACUCCAUCAUCAGGGCUUUAACAAGCCAAAUCUAUCCAAGUCUCAACCUCAAGAGUGCCGGUUUUAGGAGAAUCUCAUCACGGACGAACGUGGCAUUCUUCGCAGGUCAAUCGUGGGACGAUAGUUCUUCGGUCUGCCGGUACGCUCGGUCUGGACGCAUUCAUAAUGUUGUUGCGGUUUCGGCUGUCUGA